AAAAAAAAAAACAAGACCGACGUCACACCGGAGCAGCAUCGGGGAACUGAGAGGAAGCGGUUUACCCUUCGGCCCCACUGUUCCGGUGAUAUUUAAACAUGACCGAAUAAAGUCUCCGAGGUUCGGACACCGACUGAAACACACCCAGCUUAAUAAGGCAGUCCGAACUGUCUGUGAGACCAUGGUGGAUAAUCGCUACGCCACUGCUCUGGUCAUCGGCUCGGUCCUCAGCCUGCUGGCCACUGUCUAUCUGUCCGUGGCGGUGGGGACUCAGAACUGGUUCCAGUACAGCACCCCGCCCAUCAAACAGUGUAUCAACACCACUCUGAUCAAAAAUGAGUUCCUCACUGGGGAAUUUGAGGAGAAGACGUACAGCAGCCACCUGUUCAAGUGGAACGGCACCUUGGGCCUGUGGUGGAGGUGUAUCCAGGUUCCUCUCUGCAUGCAUUGGUAUUGCUGUAAGCAAGGUGAUCUUCAGACAGACAAUGAAAGUGACAACACAACACAACAGAGAAAUUGCACUCAUCAAAGUGGAUGUACAGAUCCUAAGACGGAGACCCUCUGUGUGAGCUUCACCCUUCCUCAGCAAUACCUCGCAAAGGUCAAACAUAAUGAGAGCGAGGACGAUCUGCUCAGAACCUAUCUGUGGAGGUGCCAGUUUCUGCUGCCCCUGGUGUCUUUGUCUCUGGUGUUUCUCAGUGGUCUGGUAGGCGUCUGUGCCUGCCUGUGCCGCAGCUUCACGCCAACCCUGGUUGUAGGAUUGUUCCAUUUUAUUGCAGGCCUCUGCUCUUUGGGAACCGUCUGCUGUUUUUGGACCAGCGUGAAUCUGCUCAACAACAAAUACAACAAACCGGGAGAUGUCCUUGGGUCAAUGGGGUGGUCUCUCUACCUGGCCCUCAUUUCCUUCCCCCUGCAGAUGAUGGCCGCCGCUCUGUUCCUGUGGGCGGCCAGAAGUCACCGUAAACACUACACCCGCAUCACCGCAUAUAGGGUUGCAUAAAGAGAGAGGAAUAAUAUAUUUUACAAUAACCAGUAGGUCUACAACCUUCCUUCCAACAAUUUGUGGUUGUAGUUCAAUAAAAUGUUCAGGUCGUAGCUUUUCACUUCCACUGUAGCAGUCUUGCAAUGCAGAAAUAGUUCAGGGUAUCACAGGUUUAAACGUCAGCUGCAGCCGAUCCGUACGUACUAAUAAACACAUUGAAUUAUUUCGUGUGGCUUUAUAAAUCACCUUUGCCUUUUUUUGUUUUUUAUUCCAUUACUGAGUUGUGUAUCAUCUUGAUGUUGCAGAUGUUUAGCUUCUGAAGGUAAUGUGCUAUUUUUAUUUCUGCUUGGGUCUUUUUAUUUUGCCAUUUGCCGUCUUUUUGUUGCCAAUGCUUUUUCAGCUGCUCACCAUAUUGUCCUUAAAUCGGAUGCAACUGUGUAAACUUGCACUAUCUGACUUUUAGAUGUGGACUUUUAUGAUCCAAAUCAAGGUAGUUGUUUCUGUUACUGGAAACAGUCUGGUGCACCUUUAUUUAACUUUUGUCUUGUUUUUGCAUCAUUUUAAAUAUCAACCUUUGCAUGUCAUUUGGAUUGACCUUUCCAUCAUCUGUGGUAUUUUCUUUUAUUUUGGUCUGUGGUAAAAUGACUAAAUGUCAUAAAAUGUCACAGUCUAAAAGUGGAACCACUCACCUUGUGCUGUCAUUGAUAUUGAUGAAUCUCGUGUGUAUUAAUGCAGCAUAAUUACCAAUUUUAUUGUGUUGGUUUUGUCACAAGCUGAAUCUAUUAAAUGUGUUCAGGAAAUUCUGUUACUACUGCCAUUUAAAUGUUAAAAGUUGUCUAGACAGUUGCUUUCUCAGUUGUUCAAUGAUGGUUUUGUUGGAGUUAGUCAAAUUUUGCAGUUUAUCUUCACAGUUUUCCUGACCAUAAACUAAAAAAAGAACACAUUCUUGAUAUAAGACACCUUGCAAAAGUAUCUACACCCUUGAGUUUUCACAUUCAGGGUCUUUACAGCCACAGAGCUCAUUUUUUGGGCCAACACCUCGCAGUGCAUAAAUGGGAAGCUAAAAGUAAAUUGUCACAAUAUUUUUACAUAAGCACCUCAGCUUUCUGGUUGGGGUAUCUCUCUUCCAGCCUUAAAAAUCGACAAAGUUUUGCCAAUUCUAUUUUUUUUAAACACCUAGUUCUGAUUAGAUAAAUCUAGGAAGAGCAUUUUUUUUUUGUCUUUCUUCACUUGAGUUUAGUUUUGAACUUUUACUAAAGUUCAUUUUCACACCUUUUUACUCUUUAAUCUGCAGCCUCUAACAGGUUUUCAUCCAGAAAGGCCCUUUAUUUAAUUCAACCCAUCUUAGCUCUUGACUGGGAGUUUGUGAUUGUAAACUGAUAAAAUGUGAAAGGUUUUAGGGUAAUAAUACUUCUGCAGUACAAAGUAGCAGAGUGAACAACUCCAGUUAUUGUUUUAUCUAAUUAUUUGACUGAUUUGCACAGUGGCCAGAUUGUCAUUUCUUCAACCAAUAGGAUUUUUUUUAGAAAGACUAACAUUGGCUCAAAAUGUGUCCAUUUCUAUUCUUGGAGAAAGAAAAUGUUUAGAAAACAGCACAAUUUGGAAACUGAAAGCAAUACUUCAUAUUUUUAUAUCUGUGAAGACAAUUUAGGUUAUUGGGACUAAAGUUCUUUGCAACUUUAUGGGGAAGGGAAAAACUACAGAAAAAAUUAGAAAACAGGCCUCAGUUCCCCAGCUAAAUAUUUUCUUGUUUUCCAUUUGAUGAUUUAUUUGUUUUGAUACAGAGUGAUGGACUUAAAUUGGGGUCUUUCAUCAUGUCCUGUGUCUGUCAUGAGGGCGCAGUGUUAGGACCUGGCUUUUUUUCAAUUGGUCAGGUAAGAUAAAAAAAAAAAUAAAAAAAGACUCAAGAACAUCAAAUUAAUCUCACUCUUGAGCACAUUAGCACAGAAUGCUCACGUUUUUAGGUUUUCAGAAAAAAAAAUCUUUGGCAAAUUUAAAGUGGGUUAAAAUAUCUGUAUGAAACAUUUUGUUGAUAAUUCACAAUGAUCACAGAUGUUUUAUGUUACAUUUUCAAAUAAGUAAGAAUUUGUCAUUUCACACCGGUGUCAGAAAAUACAUUUGUGACUUUGGUUUGAACUGACAUCUUUAACUGAAGUGUUUCCUGUCGGUAUGUCAAGUUACACGUAUUGAAACUUCUUGAAAACGUUUUCAUUUUCUGACACACAAUACUGUAUUGUUGCUGUGUGACAUAAAUUUCAGAAUUGGUUAUUUUAUUGGAAUUUUGUCUAUUUGAAUGCAGAGACGGUGCUUUACCUUUUGAAAAUAAAAAAUAUCUGAAUAAAUUUGGAUAACUGUG